GUUUAGUUUGCGUAAAGUUCUUUUUUAAGAUUUAACCAAAAUGAUAUAUUAGAUAGAUUUGCGAAUCAUAUAUCAAAUGAUUGGUGUAACUUGUGUUUUAAAAAGAUGUGUGGAUUGUUUAGAAAAAAGAUAUAAAUUUCUGAAGCAAUUUAAUAACGCACAAUGAAUUAGAGUGAAUGUGCACUUCUUGUUUGAACAAUUUUCGGUGUGCAAAUAAAAACGACGCAAUUGGUCAACAUAACAUUUGAUCUCCUCAAUCAAUCAUCCAGUUUUUCGGUUGAAUGAAAUAAUUCUAACAACAAAAAUCAUUUUUAUAACAAAAAUAAAAACCGAAAUUACAAAUUUUAACAAGUGACAAAAAAAAUGUUGAGUGAAUUUUGAAUUUGGUUGCUUUAUGGUAGUUGGUGAGAGAAUUCAAGAGGUGGUUAACUUGUGAGAAGAAGGAUUUGUAAAGUGAAAAAAAGAUUUCGAAAGUAUGUGGUGUUGUGUAAGUUGCUUUUUGUGAUUGGGGUAGAAGCAGAGAUUCAUCAGAAUAAUUCAUUUAUGAAGAAAUAAAAUUACACCCAAUUUUGUGGAUUACUUUGGUACAACAAGACGCAUUUUUAAAUAUUUAAUCGAAAUUCAACGAUUGCAGACUAUUCAACAGAAACUGAUGAUUUAAUCAAUUUGAAAAGUUUCGACAAUUUCAUAAUGGUUUUACCACAGAAAUGAGAAACAUGAACAUUUUACCAUUACAACAUUGAAAUAGGAAAAAAAAAUAACAAGUGAACUUUGUGAGUGCGCACGGAUUACAUAUAUUUUUCAAUAACCCUUUCCAUUCGUCAACUACGUUUGGAAGUUUUAACCGCUGGAAGAAAAAGACAUUUUUUCGAAUUUUGUCGACGUUAAAAAUUCAACAACCUUUUCAAUGGAGGAGACUGAUUUCAAUUGGUUUCCUUAUCUAAAAAGGAAAAUAAAAUAUUAAAAACUUGGAAUGUAUGGAACAAGUGAAGAACGGCGUUACAUGGGACCAGCUGGUUCACAAACGCAGCAUCACCACAAUUCGCAUCCACAUUCAAAUAGCCAACAAGCAACUGCUGUACCGCAUUUGGCACCGCAUCCAAACACUCCAUUUCCGUCGUACUUUUCACCAUACUCACAUUUCCAGCAUUUGGCUGCAUUGCAUACCAGUUUCGGUGGCAGUAAUCUAAGUACAACCGAUCUUAUUCUUAACCAAACAAGUGCUCUCACAUCGAGCCUAUGGCCUGGUUCGCCAACACUCUCUUCGACAACCAAUGCUCAUUUACCACAUACACCGUCUAAUGCUGCUAGCAGUGGACGCUUAUCCGCUUUUGAUUUUUAUACUAAUGGCCAAGUGAGCGAUUCGUUAUUGGCUGCAAGAGGUUUUAAUACACCAUCCGUUAAUGCUCCAUAUUUACCGGUGUCAUCGUUGGAUUUAGUGGCGAAAAAUUUUCAAGCCGCUGCUGCAGCUGCACAGUUUAGUCAAGCAAAGAGUCUUUUUCUGCAAUCACAAACGGAUCUUUUUGGCAGUACUAUAUCGACAACAAAAAAAAGUGAAACAUGUUUCGGCCGAUGGCAAACGACCCAUCAACAACAGCACGUAUUCGAACCACUUCAUAUACAAGUUCCACCAAUUACAACGGCCAAUAGUAUUACAAUAAAAAGUGAGAACAUUAGUUCAGGUAGUUCAGUGUCAUCGCAACAUCUGCAAAAAACUAGCACUGAUAGCAGAACAAAUAAUCAAAUUGAUGGAUUUAGUUCUCCAUAUUAUUCGCCACCGAAAUCGACCACAACAAAAACAACAGUCUCCACUUCACCAAGCUCGCGACUCUCCAAUGGUGGAACGCCAUUGCCAAUAACACAUACUACACAUACAGCUACGUCGGUCGCCAGCACAUCAUCUCAUACCAAAACAACAAACACCAUCCAUUCGUUGCACGAUAUCACUUCUGGUUGUAGUCGAACCAUCCCGAUUACGUGGAAUAACUCAUCACUUUUACAGAUAAAACGUGAACCGUGUCAAGUGUCUGAAGUGACGACAUCAAAUAAUUUUCCGUCAACGGCAACAGUUCAAUUACAAGAGCAACAAAGAAAAACGAUAGCCACAGAUCAAGCAAUUGUCAAAAAAGAAAUAAAAUCACCGACUGAAACGUCUUCGUCAACAAUAUCGCUAUCGACCACCGCAUCAAAUAUGGAACAUACCAACAAUAAUUCAGUUCAAUCGGGUGCAAUUCCGGUUGGAAUAGCUGUGGCACGUCAGCGCCUCCAAGAGCACGCUCAACAACAACAGCAACAUCAAACGAAAGACAUCAAUCGAUUCGGCAAUAUAGGCAUUGCCACUGAUUUGGGAGGCGCAACAUCAGCAUUUACUCAACAAAACAUGUUUUACACAGGUACAAAUUCAACCAUGAUUCCCUUUUCUUCAGAUGUUGCAACCGCUGCUGCCGUUUCUAUGGGUGUAUCGAAUGUACAAAACACGGUCAGAACUCCGCCUACGUUAUGGCAAUAUCCAGCUCCGGUGCCGGUGGAAUCAAUGCUGCCACAUGUGCCAUUUCAACUGCUUCGUGAUCCAAACAGUGGACAAUUUCUAUUUUUCCCAACAGCAGCGACAUCGAUAGAUAAACUUCUUAUAUCUUAUCCAUCAGAACCGUUUCAACAAGCCGUUGUGUGGCCCACCACAUAUACUCAGCCACAAACAACAAUUCAGUCGACCCCACAUUUGAUAAUGCCACCAAUUACGGCCGCACCAUCAAUACAACAACCACCACCAUUGGCUCCGCUACUAUUUAGCGCAUCCGAUUAUCUAUCGGCCGGUACAACAUUGCAUCAGCAUACACAAACACACAGCACUCGAUUAGUAGCAGUGGCAUCGAACGAUAAUACGAAUAAGCGUAAAUCGAGUCAUAAUCCAACAAUUCCAAUGCCAAUACAGCCUGCACCGACAUUGAUUAAAAUUGAAGAUUCGAUGCAUUCGGGUGUUCCAACAUUGGCUCCGUUUGAACAAAAAUCGGCACCGAUACAAACGGCAACGAUAACAGCCACUCAAACAAAUGAUGUUACUCCAGAGAUUGCAACACAACUGGGCAAUUAUUAUCAAGCGCAUGGUUUACAUGGAAACUUAAUUCAACUUACACCGCACAACACUUCAGUUGGUGCAACGCAAACGCUUCCAAACAAUGGAAGUAAUCCAACGAUUCCGGCAGCCAUACCAUUACUAAACACAUUGGACUGCAGAACAUUACAGUCACAACCGAUGCCACAUAUUUUAACGCCACCAGAUGUAACCAUCUCGACAAUGUCUUGUUUAACACCAAUUUCAGAAACGUAUUCAAGAUGCGAUGACAAUUUGGAUUCAUCGGGAGUCAGCAGUUUACCCGAAGUUCAAGAUGCAACAAUGCAAACGGAUACACCAGUAAUGAGUGAAGAUGACAAUACAAACGGUGCCGAUGAUUCAGCGUAUGCAUCGAAUAUUAUAGUGAAUUCAAAUUCAAUGACCGACGAUAUGAGUGUGGCUGUACCAACAUCAACAUCAUGUGCCGAUCUGUGCCAUAGCAUGACAAAUAACAUUUCAGAUAGUUCAUCGAUUCAUUCACCACCACAAAAUACUUCGCCGCAAAGUACAAGCUGCACAAGCGAUUUGAUACAUAGCUCAACCAGCGGCAUGAGUUUAAGUUGUACCAUCUCUGGGGAUAGUAAUAAAUCGACUGAAUGUAGUUUUGAAAUGGCUGUAUCAUCCACAAAUAUGAUCGAAGAUGAACGAUCUUUUAAUCAACAAACGCCAGAAAGUGAUGUGGUUACGUCAUUAUCAAAUGUUCGUCCAGAAACGCCACAACCGACCGAUUUGUCAAUCAAUUCAAGUGCUACAUUUGCAACGUCACCCAUUCAACAAGAGAAAUCGACUCCGACCAAGUCAAUGGGUCCCGAUAUCAGUGGUUUGGAAUUGCUAUCAAAUAGCAUUGAAGCAUUCGAAAAGCGACCAUUCAUCAAACAAGAACCAAUAGAUCGUUCACAAAUUUCGCCAAAUGUGUAUGAACCACCAUCGUACAGUCCACCGCGUUCAAAUGCAAUCGAAGAGACACGACGUGCCAGCAUUGAACAAUAUGAAAACCGGCCACCAAUAAUAUACGAAGAGCAUAUUGCAUCAUCUCAAACGCCACAGCAUAAAACCACCUAUGUUCCAGCCAACGAUCAAUUGGGCGGUUUGAAUUUGUUGUGCGCAUUGGCCGAACAACAUUUUCAAGAAGAAGUGGUUAGCAACGAACAUCGAUUGGAGCGCAAGCGAUCAUCUUCGUCGGACGGUUCGGAACCGAAACGUAGUAAAAAACAUAAAGAAAAACAUGCCAUUAAAAAGGCAAAGAAGAAGGAACGCAAGGAAAAGAAACGAAAUAGUAGUGACGGUUCAAAUGGAAUCUCAUCAACGGAAGAUGCCGUCGAAAAAGAUUUUCGAGAAACAUUUGAUCGUAUCAAGGAAAAGUACAUGAAAUGUGAUUGUCGAAAGAGUUUGUUGAAUGAACCAUGUUGUUGUAAAAUGAAAUUUCCGACACCCGAAGAGGUGUAUGGCGCAAUGAAAUCCGAAAUGAGACAUCAAUUGGCCGAAAUUAAGCGAAAAGUAAAAGAAGAAGAACGAAAAUUGGAUGCAAUCAACAGUAAAGAUCGAUUCCAACGUGAAUCGACGCCAUCAUCAUCAAAAAGUUCGAGUUCAUCGUCAAAAUUGUCCUUCACCUCGAUGCCAACAUUUUCACCAUCGAUUCUAUCGUCAUCCACGUCCAUUGAAUGCAAUCAAAGUAAUGUCGUUGAAUUUCCAUCAAAUGGAAAAAUUUACAGUGACACCGAGUCUUGUUCGUCAACAUCGUCGAAACGUAAAUUACCUAUCGUAUGUAAUCCAAUCGAAUACCAAGCAAAAAAGAGCAAAAGUCUAGUUGGCUACAUUUUUGAAUCGAAAAAACGAAUAAAUGACAGUAAAUUUGAAAGUAGCCCAUCGGCCACCGAUGAUGGCAGCAUUAAUUCAGAUAUGUCGGCCAGUUUGAAACGGAAUGCGGCAAAAAUUAAACAAGAAAUAUAUGAUUUUGAUGAUUUGGGCCCGCAUCCAGAAGUAAAACUAUUUGGAAGUUUCUCCGAUGAAAAUCGCAAUAAGAAUCAUUUGAGCAGUGCAAUCAGUGAGGGUACAGUUAAAUUGAAGCCAUCCGCACUGUCAAAACAUAAUAAAAAAAUUAAAAUUGGCAAAGAACGAAAGCACCAUCAACGAAGAGUAUCAGAACAUAAGCAUCGGUGCUUGGUAACCGACGAGACUUUGGAUGGUUUGACUGAUGGUAAAAAGCAACGGGUACUUACUGCUAUGGGUGGACUCUUUUAUGCUGGCUACUUGACAGCAAUUCGUCCGCCAGAUCUAUAUGGUGUUACUUUGGAUGGUGAACGUGGCAACAAGGCGCAUAUUAUGUCACGUGAAGAUAUAUUAAGAGAUGCGAUUAUCGAAAUGGCACCGACAUCGGCGGCAGAAGUGCCACCCGGCACACGAUUGUGUGCAUACUGGAGUCAACAGUAUCGCUGCCUUUAUCCAGGAACAGUGGCUAUUUCAUCGUCACCCGAAUAUGAACCGGAUCCAAAGUUUGCUGUCGUUGAAUUUGAUGAUGGAGACAGUGGUCGCAUCGCGAUCGAGGAUAUUCGCUUUUUGACUAAUGAUUAUCCUGUUGUUGAAUACGACCCAAAUCCAUUACAAUCGUUAGGAAAACGUAAUAAGCCAAAAGCAAAUGUCGAACUUACAGACCCAAAUCAACCGUCAACGAGUGCGAAUGUCUUCAGUUUGUGUCAUGAAUCCAAUGAACAUCCCCAAACGCGAGAGGAAAAAGAAGCAUACAAGGAACGUCGACGGCUUAAAAAAUUGCGAAAAGAUAAACUUCGACAAUUGUCAUCGACCGAUGAUCCAAAUGCAAAACAUAAGCACAAACAUAAGCAUAAGUGCGGCGAUGAAUUGUGCAAACAUCGCAAACAUAAAAAGCGAAGAAAGCACAAGAAACAUCAUCAUCGCGAAUUGAAUGCGAUGACCAAUUUCAAAGAAUCAUUGAUCGAAGAAAAAUCAAUCGAAGACGAUGAGCAAUGUGAUGUGGACAGUGGUGAUUCACACGAAAUUCCAAAGGUAAUUGAAAAAUCGGGAGAACCGAAAAAUAUCCAAGUGGCCAAAAGUACACUAACCAAAUCGGUUAAUAUCAAACUCAACAAAAUCGAGUGGCCACUCGACGAGGACGUCGUAUCGUCACUCACUGAAGAUAGCUCCGGAUCAAGCUACAAUCCUGGCAAAGGAAAAAGCACAUCAAACGAAAAGCAUAGUAAAAUUGCUGCAUUUUUACCGGCCCGUCAAUUGUGGGCAUGGUCGGGCAAAGGAUAUAAACGAACCACAGGAAAGGGUGCACGCAAUAAAAAAGUCUUUUAUAAAUCAAUUCAACGUGGCAAAGAAACAAUUUCGGUUGGCGAUAGUGCUGUAUUCCUAUCGACUGGACGGCCAGAUAGGCCAUAUAUUGGACAAAUUGAAUCCCUAUGGGAGACGAAUUCAAACAAUCGGGUGGUAAAGGUCAAAUGGUACUAUCAUCCCGAAGAGACAACCGGCGCUCCAGAUCUUCUUUAUCCCGGUGCUUUAUUUGAAUCUCCGCAUGAAGAUGAGAAUGACGUUCAAACCAUAUCACAUAAAUGCAAAGUAUUACCAUUGAAUGCGUAUACAAAGAAAUACGGGCCAGAUCCAAAGCAAUAUACAUCAGUCUAUGACAAUAAUGAUACAUUUUAUUUAGCUGGCUAUUAUGAUCCGACCAUUUUGCAAUUGAAAAUGGAAAAAAAUAUACCGACAACGGCAACAAACUCCAAAUCAUCAACCAAUGAUCAAGAAAAUGAUGAGAAUGAUAUCGAUGAGAGUGUUACAAAUACAUCGAACGACGGUUAAAUGCAAUAAACUACUAAAACACUAUUGUGUUGUGAUGAACAGAACUUUUUAGUGUUUGUGAACAAUUUACGUUUUUUUUUUUCAACUUCUCUCGUAGUGAAAUAGACACUUUGACUUUCUAAAUGUGCAAUGAUUUAUUGAAAAGAGACAUUUGAAAGAUGAAGAAAAAGAAUAAUUGAUGAAGUGCUACCAAUAAUGAUCACUGCGAUGAUGUGUGAUAACAAUUUGUGAUUAUAAAUUGUGACGUGUGCCAAUUCGUGUCAUAAAUUCAUUUGUUUUUGCGAUAAACAUUUUAUUGAAAACCAUUCUGGUGGAUCAUAAAUUGGUGUAGCAUUGAUUGAAACUUGCAAUUUAUUGGAGAUGCAGUGAAAUGAUUCAAGAAGAAGUGAUUCAAGUUGAUAAUGAUGUGCAAUUGAAUUCCUUUCAUUAUUAAACAAAAAAAGACAAUUAUUGAAAACACAUCAUAUCUUCUAUCUAAUUUUAUGCGAACAAUGGACAGAACAAAUUCGAAGUGAAGUGCAAUAGUUUUGUAACAAUAUAAUUGUUAAUUUUAAUUCUAUAUGGAAUUUUCCAUUUUCUGAAGAAGAAAAAAAUUAUGAAGAGCGGACGGCGGAGACACGAAUAUGAAUGAAAUGUAAAUAGUAAAGCGAACAAAAUGUUUGGAACUUAAAUUAAUGUAAAGUCAUCUAACACACCAUGGAUGGAUGUGCAACAUAUGGACAGAAUAUGAUAUAGAUUAUGUGCUUAUUUUCAAAUCAUACUAACAAUUUAUUCAAAUAAACUCUAUUCAAAUAUCUAUUGCAUUCUAUUUUUUUAAAAAAAUAAAUGAUAAACAAUACACACACAAAAAAAAAUCCUAAUUUUGACUAAUACAUUUAAUUGUUGUGAACGAGAUUGUCUAAUUAUAUAUAUGUCUUGUGAAUAAUAUUAUUUAGAUUAAGCAAAAGAUAAAAAGAACAAAUAAACAAAAUCUCUAGUAGUUGUAGCCGAUACAGGCAAAUUAAAUGCAUUAAAAAGAAUUAUUGAAACGCUAUAUAUGUUAGGCCUAAGUGAAUAUUUACUGAAUUCAAUAAAAAAAACAUGAUAAAUUAACUGAAAUCAAUCAAAAUUAACAUUUUGUUUAGAAAUUAAGUAAAAAACCAUAGUCCUCCUAUAUAUUAUAAUAAAUUACUAAUUAGAAUAAACAAAUAAUGACAACAGCAACAAAUGAAAUCGAAACGAUAGAGUUUUCAAUGCAGGAAAUGGUAGUGGUAUUUAAACAACAAUAAAAAGUCAAUUAUAAAAUUGUAGCAAUCAAUAUAUUCCAUGGAACAAAAAUUUGUAUGCAAAUUUGAAUUUUGAAUCGAACAAAACAAAAGAACUUUUUGGAUCAAAGGAAUACUAUUUUGAUAUUGUUUUUUUAAGAGUGAAUAAAAGAUACACAAACAUUUUGGCUACUAUUUUGACCAUUUAAAGAAAAAAAAAACAGAAAUUUUGGAUAUCAUAGAAGUUUUUUCAGCAUCGGACGAUUUGAAUGCGAUUGAAAUUGCUCGAAAUUUUCAUAGUAUACGAAUAUUACGGCUGAACACAUGCGAAACAUGAGACGGAUUUAUUAUUAUCGUAAAAUCAUUCUGAAGUAAACAAAAAAUUUUUUUGUAUUGACAAAAUUACUCGAUAUAUAAUUUAGUUCUAAGGCGUUUCAAUCAGUUUCUAUGAAUUUUAUCGAUGAUAAAAAUUCGAUGAACAUUGUUUUUAUAUAUUGCCAAAUAGUCCAGGUUUUAAUCAUUUAUUUUGUUUUUAGUCUUCAUUUUUCUUUGAAUAACAUAACAAAUCAAUCACAACAAAGACACAGUACAACACAUUUUCAGUUGAAAACCAUUUUAUUAAUUUGUUUUUAAAUUCAUUUGCCAAUAUUGGGCAAAAAUUUAUAUGUGAAUAAUAAUAAAUUAAACGAAAAGAAAACAUACUAAAUAGCUCAAGACGUGAAUAAAUGAGUCAAUCAUACAUUUGUUUUUCCCUUAAGAUAUUAUGCGUAAAAUGAAAAGCAAAUUAUAAUUAAUAGCUAUUUUGAUGUCAUUUUUAGAAUUAAUGUCUUAAAAAUAUCCUUUUUGCAUUAUGCUUACAAUUUAUGUUUUCAACGUAAUACAAACAGAAGGAUGACAAAAUAAAAUUAUUUCAAUAAAUUUUCGUUUCAUUUCA